ACAUUAGUUCUAGUGUGAUUGACUUUUUUUUGUGAUCGUGUCAUGGUAGGGAUGAUAAUUACAGAGUCAAAGGGAAUUUUGUCUCUACAGCUGGAGGACAUCGGUGACAUCAUUGAGAAAAUCAGGAUUGGUCAUGAUAAUCGAGGAGUGAAUGGGGGUUGGCACCUUGACAGAGUGGAGAUCAGGAGACUGCUGAGAAAAGGAAAGGGCUCUGAGACGGCCAUAUUCCCGUGCGAGAGUUGGCUGGCGCACUCGGAGGAAGAUGGUGAGACGAUCCGGGAGCUGGUCCCUUCUGACAUCAUCAUCGAGAAGUUGUCCCGAGAUGGAACGCUCAAAAAAAUUCAGACCGAAGUGGAUGAUGCGCUGGAGAUUCAUAUAUAUUCAGUGACUGUGACCACGGGUGACGUGUAUGGGGCAGGCACCGACGCAAAUGUAUUUAUCACUAUAUAUGGAGACAUGGGGGAUUCGGGGGAACGUAAACUCAGCCAAUCAGAGAACAACAGGAACAAGUUUGAACGAGGAGCGGUGGACACCUUCAGUAUCGAAGCAGUGGAUCUCGGCGAGGUGUUCAAGAUCCGCAUACGCCACGACAACAGCAUGCUAAGUCCUGAUUGGUACCUGGAUCAGGUGGAGGUUCUGGAUACGGAUACAGAUGAAGUGUUUCUUUUUCAGUGUGAGCGCUGGCUGUCACGCAAGAAGGAAGACAAACGUAUCGAAAGAGUCUUCUAUGUCAAGGGAUUCACAGGAGAAAGAGAGAGUGCAUUCUGCCCUAUAAGGAAAGUGACCAACCUGGACAGCAACAUGAAUAAAAAGAGCAAAAAACGAGUCACUGAGGAGGAGGAGGAAGAGGAGGAGGAAGAAGAGGAACCCUCAUUGAUACCGUAUUACGUGACAGUGAAAACAGGAUCUGAUCGUGAAGCAGGGACAAACAGCCGUGCUUAUGUCGUCAUUAAGGGGUCAAAACAGAGGCAGACCGAGCUUAUGUGGCUGGAGCUGGAAGGAAAGAGCGCCUUCACACCCCAAGCACUCGACUAUUUUACCUGUUACGGUAGAGAUGUAGGAGAGAUCAAAAAAGUGGAGUUAGGUCAUGAUGGAGCCACUGCGGAAAGCUGCUGGCUUGUGGAUGAGUUCUCUGUUGCUGCGCCGACCAAAGGGGUCAUGUAUGUUUUCCCAUGCAAGUACUGCCUGGCCAAAGAUCGAGGUGAAGGUUUAACUGCACGUGUGUUUAAUGUCAUUGACGCAGACACUAUCAGCAUUUUGCGCAAGGUCAUCUAUGAGGUAACCGUAGUAACGGGUGACGUCCAGCACGCUGGCACAGACACACAGAUCUACCUCACGUUGUUUGGAGUGUACGGCAUGUCAGAGGAGAUCCUACUGCCUAAAUUAGAAGACAGGUUUGAAAGAAGUCAGACUGACACGUUUAAUCUAGAGAUCGAGGACAUCGCUCCACUCCGUAAAAUGCGCGUUCGUAUCGAUGGCUCUGGAAGCAGACCGGACUGGUUCCUUGAUAAGAUUGUUCUACAUAACCUCGAGACGGACGAGGUGGCACUGUUUGUGUAUGAGGAUUGGAUGUCCCGCACAUAUGGAACCAAUCGGACACUCGUGUGUGAAAUGCCUGCAAUUAUCGAUGACGAAGAAGUGGUGCAGCUCACGACGUACAGUAUCGCAGUCAAAACCAGUGACCUCGCAGGUGCUGGGACAGAUGCCAAUGUAUGGAUGAUUAUUUUUGGUGAGAACGGAGACACAGGAGCUCUUGCUCUGAAAGAAAGCGAGAACACCAACAAGUUUGAGCAAAGCUUGACUGACACGUUUCGCUUCACGGACAUCCUCAGUCUUGGAGAACUCUCCAAAAUCCGGGUGUGGCACGACAACACAGGACUCGCUCCAGGGUGGCAUCUGGAGUCUGUGGAUAUUUCUGAUGAAAUCAUGGGGAAGAAGUUUCGUUUUCGUUGUGACCGCUGGCUUGCGAAGAAGGAGGAUGAUGGGCAGAUCAUGCGAGAGUUGGCCUGCGCUAACAACGACGUGCUGGACUUUGACGAGAAGACAAAGUAUGAGGUUGUCACGGUAACAGCGGACACGGAUGAUGCUGAGACGAAGGAGAAUGCCUGGGUCAUUCUGGAGGGAAGACUGGGAAGAUCCAAAGAACUCACCAUGGAGAACUCCACCAAAAAGAAACGUUUUUUACGAGGUGCCACGGACCGGUUUGAAUUCUCCUGUAAGAUUCUGGGUGACAUUGUCAGUAUCUGCUUGGGCCACAUCCCCAAAGAUGGCAAGAAGAGCAAAUCAGAAGCCUUCUGGAGGGUUGAGGAAGUCGUCGUAACGGAGAAGAACCUUGGCAACAGGUACAUCUUCCACUGCAAUACCCUCAUCCCCAUUUCAUCCAAGCGUGAUGACUUCCAGACCAUUGAGUGCACAAAGUUCAUCGAGAGCUUUGCCAGCAAGGCACGCAAACUGGUGCCCGUCACAUACGAGCUCAUUGUAAUCACAGGCGAUGAGAAGGGUGCAGGCACUGAUGCCAAUGUCUUUCUUACCGUCAUCGGCACCAGCGGUGACUCAGGCCGCCGCCAACUGAAGCAGAAGUUACGUAACCUAUUCGAGCGUGGCCGCACAGACCGAUUCAGCAUAGAAUUGUUGGACAUGGGCGAGCUGCUUAGAGUCUGCAUUGAGCAUGAUAACUCGGGCAUCAGUCCCGGUUGGCUGCUGAACCGGGUCGAGAUCACCAACACAGCCAAUGGGGUGACCACUGUCUUCCCGUGUGACAAAUGGCUGGACAAGAACAAAGCUGAUGGCAAGAUUAAGAGGGUUCUUUACCCAAAGUAUUGAUGUCUUGGGAUUCCAACAAAAAAAAAAAAAAAUGAAUGCACUAAUAAAAGGCCAACUAUCUUUCCUUUUAAAUGAACGUACCGCAGGCUAAAUAUCAAUAUCAAGCGUAUAACACAUUAUACUGGCACAUGCCUAGUGUACAAAUGAGCAAGGUAAUGAACAUGCUUACAAAUGUGCUGCCAAAUGGGACUGUGUGGGCUAAUGAUGCUAUUUAAAGUGUCCACAUUAAUGAUAUUGCACAUGUUCAAUACUGAGGUGUAGCAUAGAACAGACAAAAGGGAAAUAAGCGCUAACGCACAAAUGUGCUAACAAACAUCAAUCCUCAUGAGCCGAGCACAGCUAACAGCGGUAUUUUGAACUGUCUGAGAUGAAGAUCUGAGAUUCGCGAUCACAAAAGGGACAUGGGAAGGAUUUUGCUAACAAAAGUGCUAAUGAAUAUUCCUCUGGAUCAGAGUUCUCAGGUGUCAGUUCUGCCAUAGUACUGCACACGUCUCCCUUCCUCGUACGGAUUCCGAUUCAAGGAUUAGUUUUAGUCAUGCGAUAAAACACUCAAAUACAGCGCUGUUGUUAAAUACUACUGUUAUUAAAUACACACUCUCAGGGCGUUGGCUGUGCAUGUUAACUGUGUGUGGUGGGAAAAGAUGAACGCAUUGUGUAAACGCAUGUGAGAUAACACGUUAUGUAUGAAAGAGAGAGCGAGAUUUUAUAUAUGUUGAUUUUAUUUUUUUAAGCCUUUUAAAAAAAAAAAAAAAAAAAAAAAAAAAUUCCAAUAUCUGUUUCUACCUCAAUGGGACUCCACCAGGAGAGCAAGCACACAUCAUAUCGCUCAUCCAAAUUUCCUGAAGUAAAUGAAUUUCCCUUUCAUAUUUAGGUCAUAGGUUUAAGGUCAUUCGAGUCUUUUUGAUAAACCAACGUUAAACAUUCUUGAACUUUGAUAAUGGCAUCCCUGGAGCUCACUUGAACGGAACCAGUUUAUUGUUUGCCAUCCGUCAUCACUCACACACGCACACACUCACACACGCACACACACACACACACACACGCACACACUCACACACACACAUAUUUUCAUAAUUAUCCAGCUCAUCCUGAGUUAAAUUGGGUCUCUUUAGUAUGACCAAUCAACCGCGUAAUGCCUGGGAACGUUGGGAAGUCUGCCAGGGUUGUUAUACUGAAAUCAAAAUCGAAACAAAGUUGUAUGGAGUUUUAAAAGUGCUUGUUUGGUUAGUCGAAUAUUCUAAAUGUAUUUACAGUAAAGUAUGCAUAAGAUUCUUUGCCAGAAACACAACUGCUAAUCUUAAGGCCUACUCAAAUAUGCUGAUAAAUGAUAUGCUAAAUGAUAUGCUAAAUAUGCUAAAUAAAGCAUUAAGCACAAGUAUGGGUAAUAUACUAUUACUACAAAAAAAUCUAAAAAUACACAGUACAUUUUAUAUAUAUAUAUAUACUGUAAA